AUGGUUGUCCAGGGAACUGUGUGUUUUAGAGCACUUUGCUGCAAGGGACCACCACCUGCACGACCAGAAUAUGACCUGGUUUGCAUAGGCCUCACGGGUUCUGGAAAGACCAGUCUGUUGUCAAAGCUCUGCAGUGAAAGUCCCGAGAAUGUCAUGUCAACCACAGGUUUCAGUAUAAAGGCAGUACCAUUCCAGAAUGCUAUCCUGAAUGUAAAAGAACUUGGAGGGGCUGAUAAUAUCCGGAAAUACUGGAGCCGCUACUACCAAGGAUCUCAAGGUGUGAUAUUCGUGUUGGACAGUGCCUCUUCAGAGGAUGAUUUAGAAACUGCUAGGAAUGAAUUGCACUCAGCUCUUCAGCACCCACAGUUAUGCACUUUACCCUUUUUAAUAUUGGCCAAUCAUCAAGACAAGCCAGCAGCUCGCUCAGUACAAGAGAUCAAAAAGUAUUUUGAACUUGAACCUCUCGCACGUGGAAAACGCUGGAUUCUGCAGCCCUGCUCCCUGGAUGACAUGAACGCACUGAAAGACAGCUUCUCUCAGCUGAUAAAUUUGUUAGAAGAAAAAGACCAUGAAGCCAUGAGAAUGUGAAGUCUGGCAAAGAAGAUAGGUUCCCAAAAAGUCUUGAACCUAUUGUGUUAGUUUCUCGUGGUCAUUUCAUUUUUGGUAUCAAGAUUAUCAUGGCUUCUAAAUCUUUUUUCUCAGACCCUCAUCUCUCUAUUAAAGUGAAUAUUCUGUAAAUCAGGUGAAUUACUAUCGGCAUUAACGUCAAGUACACACUACUGAGAGAGAAUUUAUUCUCUGUUUACCACUAUGCGUUCACUGCAUGUCUCUUCCUUCUGUCAUUCUGAGCAUCUUUCGACACCUCAUGCUAAAAUGGAUGGAACUCAUGGCUCGCAGAAAUCAGAUUCUUUAUGAAGAGCUCAGAAAGACUCAGAUACCUUGAUGACUAAUGAUCCCUGGGUUUGGGAUUGGAAUUUUGGAAUUUUGUUCUGAGACUCCACAUUAUAUAUUUGUCAUUUUCAUGAUCUCUUAGAAGCUUGGGUUGUUCUGUUUAAAAAAAAACAACAACUUUAUUUUACCUUUUCUUGGUAGGGUUUUUCUUUGUAUACUGAUUUUGUAUUUUUAUGAGCAAAAAAUUAAUAAACACCAGAAAUUUCCAUUAAUAAUUUGAUAAUAAAGGAAUAUCUGACCAUAGCAAAAUUAGCUUUGAAGAAUUUCAAGACCAGAUGCAUAAUCUCUCCUUGAUUCCCUCAGCAGGCUUAUUCUUUCCUUCUUUUUUAAGAGACAAGGACAUUAUUUCAGUUUCUGAAAGUUGGAGGAAAUGUAGGCACAGUGCAUGCACCACUGAUUACAUUUGAUCACAUCUUAAUAUAGGUAUCUUUUUCUAAGAAUUUGAAAUGUUUGAUUGAAAUAGAGAAAAUAAUUUUUAAAAUAAUAAUUAAAAAUUUUAAAUCAGCCAAACAAAUUAUAAUUUAUACUGGUUAGGGUUUAAGCUGGCACAGAUUUGACAAAGAUAUCAAAAACAGAAUCAUCUGUAUAUUUAUGCAUUAAAUGAUAAUGUAGUUGAGUGGAGUCUGCCAAAGCCUCCAGCUAAUACUUAAAGGUCUAUCAGUAUUUCUGUCAUAAACCUCUAUUUUCAGGGGUUUCAAUGUGCCCUUAAAAAUGGGCCUACAGCAAAUAAAUAAUUUGAGGGCCUUGAUUCAGCUUUUUGGAAGUAAUUUUUCCAUUUAAUUUAAGUGAUAAAACUAUGUAGAGACAAAUGUACAGUUUUAGUAAGGUUUAGCACCUUUGACCUUUUUUAAAUCAAGAAUCAUCUAUGGAAAUGAAAGUUCAUAGAUGAGAUAUUCUUUGGCACAUUUUGUAAGCUUUUGACCACUUAUUAAAAGUAGCUAACCGAUAGAAUAUGCUCCCUACAUCUGGGCAAUAAAGAAAUGUUUGUAAUUUUUAGAUACCAUAGACCUGUGUCUAAAUCCCACGGACUGGCACUCUGUCUGUGAGGUGAACACUCGUCAUUCUCUUUAGAACACAUUUCAAACCCUUCACACCAUUCAGACACAAGUUUUUUUCAUUUCAUCUUGCCAAUGGAUUUCAAUGAGAUCUUUACCUUUUUUUUCAAACAUCCAACACUUACUAAAAUUUGUUUUCUUUUUAAAAAGAACAUGGAUCAGAAACGGAUCCAUAUAGAUUCAUAUAACGUUUUGUCUGCCAUAUCCUUGAGUAUCGUGAACAUUGUAAUAAUCUGUGAGCAGCACAAAAUUUGUAUCCUGAUGACCAACUAUACAAUGCCUGUUUUUAUUUUGUCCUAUUAUGUUUCAUCUUCUAAGGAAAAAAAGGAAGAAAGAAAGAAGUGAUUUUUCAGGCCUUUGCUUUCCCUGCAAGUUCAUUAAAUGGAGAAUGUUGUCUUUUGAAGAUACCGUGGCUGAGUGCUCUUCAGCCAUCUGUUAAAUGACUUCCCUUUUUCUGUGUGUUCAUGUGCUCGCCAAUGAUGGGCUUCUCCACAGCCCCACGACUGUCUGCAGCGACUCAGCCGUCAGAAUGAAAACAUUAUCAAUCAGUACCCAACAACAGCUGUUUUUGACAAGUUUCUGUCUGACGCCUAAUGCUUUACAACUGUCAAUAAGGCUCCUUCUUUGUCUAGCAGAUCAGAGCCAGAGAGCUCCGAUCUUGCUGCUUCUGCACAGCAUCCUGUCCUUGUAACCCUAGAUUUUUGCUAUGUUUUGGAAAUCCACGAGUGGGAAGGUUGAGCCUGGCUGGGUGAGGGGUGGGUAAAGGGGUGUUGUGUGUGUGUGUGUGUUUGUGUGUGUGUGUGUGUGUGUGAGUGUGUGUCUUUUUCUGACUUUUGUGGAAAGUGCCACAGGUGUCUUAGUUUGCAUAUUCAAAUAUUAUAUAGGAAAAACAGUCUGUUAUGUAUUUCUUCACUUAGCUUCUUGUUAUAUUUAUGAAAGUUGCCAGUUUUUGUACCUUCUUAGGCAAAGCAGUUGCCUUUUUAUAAUGGCAAUUAAUUUAUAUAAAACUUUAUAUCUACUGUAGUUUACAGUAUUGGUUGCUAAUUAACUGCCAUAUCACCUUGUCUUUCUAUUUUAAAAAAAAUGCUGUUCUAUAUUUAGAGGUUAACAGAUUCAUGUGGACAUUUGCCAGGCAAAAAGAACUUGUAUUGUCCAAGAUUUAUAUAUGAUUUCCACUAUCUUCCAAUGAAAAUAAACGCUGAGUUAGAACUCAA